AAAGCGAGCGCCACUGCCUACCAUUGUUUCGGCAAUGGUUGACACCAUCAGCCGGUGCCGCACGGUGCCGAGAUGCCGGCUACUACCUCCGCGUGUAUUACUGGCCUUAGAAAUGCUUGUUUCCGGCUGAUCGCCGUCGUGAUUGGAUCGACAGGCUGACGACUCGACACACCGUUUUGCUCUGCCCUGUUGCUACCUCUGGUCGCUCUUUUGCUGGGUCCUCCAACCCUCCCUUUCCCGCUGCCGCUUGAGAAAAAAGAAGCUGUUAACAUGUUAUUCAAGCGAUGUCGUUACCUGAGGUGUUUUCCGCGGCCUUCAGAGCCAUGAUGCCUACAAGCACUAUCAUGACCUCAGCUUCGUAGCUGGGGAGGUCGACGCAGUAGUCAUCCCCGUUGACACUUCGCGUCUUUGGAACACGCAGGGACUUCCGAACGGACCACAUAUCUUCGAGGCACCAUACCCUCCUACUUCAGUAUCUACACCAGCUAGACCAUGAGAGAGCCCGACCUCUCCAGCCAAUGCUACCUCGAUCCCCUCCGUACGAUUCCCACGCCGAACCCGCCGCUGGAAUCAUCUCGCUGUUGUCACGGGUAUCAGCCCCGCGGCUCUCUCUCUCCCCCUCCCACCCCUCCCGCUCGUGCUGAAACCUUUGCAUGCGAUGCUCAACUUCUUGCACGAGGACGAGUCCGGCGUGAAGCACAUUGGAACUUGGGACGCGCUGAUGCAGAUGAGGUUGGCACAAGAAGGCACUCGAUGAGGUGCCGCAGGGGAUGACGUGUGGAGAGUGACGCAGCGCCAUGGCUGGCCUUUGGCAGGCUCACCCCACACAGCACUCCUCGUACGGAUUGAAUCCUUGACGCAUGGUCGCAGCGUCACUGGGUUGAGAGGGAGCAGGGAAAGCUGUAAGCUGUAUCAAGUCAGCGAGCGGGAGACGAAGGGGAUCUCGAUGUAUCGGAAUGAUGCCGCUCAUUUCUUUAUCGACGCCGUCACGAUAACACGGUGUAAGUUUGAGAACAUGCGAGUCAGUAUGACUCACUAGCACUGGCCGUACGCAUCAUUCUUGAGUGUUCCCUUCUGCCACAUACUUGGAGUAACUGCUGUGUCGCUAAUACUUGCUGUCAUGCAUCGCACCUUCGCACAUUCUAGAUUUUUAGACCUUGCAUGCAGUGGCUUUCAAUAUCAGAUUCUUAUGCACGCUGACCGGCACUUGAAUCUUUUGUGAUGUCGAGCAGCGGGUGUCGGUGAUCGCGGCUGAGUCCCGCCCCCAUCACAGAGCAAAACCUUACUCAAGCUUGAUCUUUUCGCGAUUGUGCAAUCAUGAGCGGCGAACGGGGUGAGUCCCCCGUGCAUCUAUCAGACAUAGGCGCCUGUAUGCGCUGACUCGGGAACGCCUGGACAAGUCAUUUGACUAGCUAUCUGGGCAGUCACAGGUCUUCUGGAUAGGAUGCUAUGAACGGGAGACGAUCAGGCGUUUUUUCACGUCUCGGGUGCGUGUCCAUCUCAGCUCGGCACCACGACCUCCUGCUCAUUGCGCAGUGUGAGUGCUUCCGGCGGGAUAUUUUGGCCGGCUUCUCGCGAUAGCGAGGUUAGUCCCGCACCGCCCAUCGAAUUAGUCCGUUUACGGUGGACAUGGUUGGGCAUGCGUGGGGGCCGAUGACUACCAUGCCCACCUUCUGCCCGCGCUCAAUUCAAUGCCACGCGAGGAUCAACGACAUUUCUACCGCCUUCUACAGCACUUGGGGAACGAAUCUGAGUUGACAUGCUGUAUUGAUUUCUCUCCGGCCGACGCUACGGGACAAUCAUCCUCACGGUAAGGCUGUGCAGAGCCUCGUCUCGAAGGCCGGCGCCUCAAGAGUAGCAUGGGUCACGCCGUCGAUCCACAUAUAGAGCGAGUCACCGCGUUGAUAAGGACGGGAGUGGCUGGAAGGAAAGGUGUGUCUUUCUUGCACCACUCUGCGUCACUUCCCUGGCUCCCUGCCUCCCGCAACUGACUCGCUUUGCCUGUGCACUGCAUAAUGCGUCGAUUUUUCGGGCUGGACAAUGGCAAAUCGUCGCCGCGCCCUCCUCGGCCCCGUCCGUCCCUCCGCACCACUAUCAGCACGUUCUUGCAUCCGUCCUCGGGCUCCCAGGCCCCGACUCGCUCUGCGAUUAACACCUGGGCGCCCGUCAAUACUCUGACGAACCAGAACGACGUGCAGAUCCUCAUCAGCCGGAUUCGCACUGCUGCUGCGUCGACCUCCGAGACUGGAGACCGAGAGCUCGUUCUCGAGCUCUGUGAUCGCGCGUCGUCGGAGGAAACCGCACGAGAGACGGUCAGAGCAUUGAAGCACGAGUUCGAAUCCGGAACUACUACUGCGCAACUCAAUGCUGCUCGGCUUUGGGCAAUCCUGCUGCGCAAUUCUUCAUCAGUUUUUCAACAGCAUUCGGUUGCGGAGGACUUUCUGGCCGCUCUCGAGCGACUGAUGAUCUCACCCGAGACGUCACAUCUUGUCCAUCAGCGGGUUCUCCGUGUCCUGGGCGAUGCUGUAUUCAACUAUCCUGAUUGCUGGCCUUUCCGGCGUCUCUGGCGCAUGGUGAAAGGGGCAGACCAACCGGAUGAUGGUGCAUUGUAUAACGCGUACGACGAUGUUCUGAGGCCUUCGAUUAUCAUCGAUGCUCCGUCGAAUCAGGGCACCACCAUUCUCGACGACAUCAGUCCUCGGUCUCCCAUUCACUCAUUUCCCGAUGAGCGCUUUCCACCCCCAGAACGAAUGCGGGCUGUCGGACGGCCGGACAGCGACCAGCCGCCUCCCUAUCUGCAUGCUGUUGGUGGGACGAGAGCGGGUGACGCGAACGCGACUCGGGCUUCCCCUUCGCUGCGCCCUCAGGAUGAGCAGAGAGGCAAUGAGGCGCCUGAUAUUCAUUACCGUCGAGGAAAGAGGGCCGAGGGGCUCCCCAGCAUUUCCUCCGCUUCAGAUGAUCCUUGGAUGACUGUCGGACCGUCUACUUCGCCGGUGCCCGCUUCUCCAUCGACCUACCGCAUGGGCCUAACCCACCAGCCAAUACCGGCUUCCUCCUCGUCUUCCACUCCGGACCCCCCGCCUCCGUCGCGAGAAAUGAUAGUGUACCCGGGUAAAGUCACUCGAAAUGGAACGCUGGAUGGUCCCAGACAUCGCAAAUUGCCCCUUGUCCCCGCCGUCAACGUGAUGUUCCGGGGGAACAACAUCCACACACCGCCAAACUCACCAUCUCCUAUGUCGCAAUCCUCGGGAGAGCAAUCGCCUGAGAAGGCUGUGCGUGGAAGUUCCGAGCGCAAGAUCUGCUCCGCAACUUUACUGUAUCUUGUGGACCGCGCCUAUAACAUGGACAAUUCAAACACACUGAAUCAAUUGGGAAAACUGAGUCAGGAAAUGGCGCUUCUCACGCCGAAAGCUGCUCUCGCUCAUGCGGUAAAGUAUCGGGACCUGCUCGCCCAGAUCGCAUCAGACAUGGGGCUGGCAGGGACAGAGGAGCUCACUCAAGCGUCGAAAGAGGACGAGGAGACCCUGGCCAAGAUUCUCGUCAAAGUACUCAACUCGACGACAGAUGUGCAAAGCAUCCUCCAUCUCAACGGCGCAGCUGCCCAAUCUGUUCUCGAUAUCAUUCAGCAUAUCUCGGACCACGAACUGAUUCGCACCCGCCGAGAUGUGAGCCUGCGAGCGAGGAAACUCGUGAUCAAGCUGGCGCGGUCAUGUGACAUGCUGCCCACCUCAUUGAUGAUUUCCGGCGUGUCGCAGCGCAGAGUGCAGGCGUCGUUCUGCGGUGGCUUUGGUGACGUGUAUCAGGCGAUGUACCGGGGCGAAUUAGUCGCACUGAAGCAGAUGCGCGUUUUUCAAAAUUCGGAUCAACGAGAGGUGCGAAGGAAGUUCUGCCUCGAAGCAAUGGUGUGGCAACGUCUGCGCCAUCCGUGCAUUGUACCGCUGAUUGGAAUCGAUACGGAAAGCUUUCCUUCGAUGCUGUGCAUGAUUUCGCCCUGGAUGAAGAACGGAACUGUGCUCACGUAUCUUUCCUCGGUCCCCGUGGCUAGUCGCGCUGCACUUGUAGAAAAAUUUAUACGUGAAAUCGCAGAAGGCCUGGCGUUCCUGCACGAUCAGAAUGUCAUUCACGGGGACCUUCGCGGGUCCAACAUCCUCGUCAACGACGAAGGGCAUGCGUGUCUCACUGACUUUGGUCUCACGGUCCUCCCGGACUGCACGAUCAGCCAAACACACAAUGGUGCCGGCAGCGUGCGGUGGAUGGCACCCGAAACCCACAACCCGACCGACUGCGGCCUACCCCCUUCUGGGCUUACGCGCCUCCCGGCCAGCGAUAUCUACUCCUUCGCAUGUCUGUGUUUGGAGCUCUACACCGGCUAUCCGCCGUUCCACAACGAGUUGAUGCGUGAUGGGGGUGUGAUUCUGAGAGUCAUCGAGGGUGAGCGGCCGAGGCGGCCUUGUGGUGGGGAUGUCAAUAUACCGGAUUGGAUGUGGGGAAUUAUGCAGCAGUGUUGGCAGCAUGAUUAUGCGGAUCGGCCGAGCAUACUGUGGAUUCUCCUGCAAUUGGCUCCGCAUCAGUCAUCUGCUAUAUUCAUCUAAUCCUAAUUUUCGUGGUGUACAACAUAGCAAGCUUGAUGGGGCUCGAUAAAGCUCUUGAAAUCCCAUGAAAACGCAUUCGUUAUCAU